UAGCUCCAACUACCUCAAAAGCUUCCCCUACAACAACCACGGCUGAUCCCACAACAACCACAGCUGCUGCUAUGACAACAACUUCUGCGGCUACAACAACAGCCGUCCCUACAACAACCACAGCUUCUCCCACAACAACCAUAGCUGGUGCUGCUACAACAACUACAGCUGUGGCUACAACAACAGCUGCUCCAACAAAAACCACUUCAGCACAAACGACGACUAAAGAUGCUCCUACAACAACCCCAGAUACACCCACAACAACAACAUCUUCUCCGACAACAACCACAGCAGAUCCAACGACCACAACAGCAUCCUCUACAACAACUACAACUGCUCCUACAACAACCACAGCUGUUUCCACAACAACCACAGCUACUGCUACGACAACAAAAGCUGCGGAUACAACAACCAAAGUCAUCCCCACAACAACCACAGCUGCUCCCACAACAACCACAGAUGCACCCACAAUAACCAAAUUUUCUCUGAAAACAACUACAGCAGCUCCCACAACCACAACAGCUUCCACUACAACAACCACAGCUGCUUCCACAACAACAACAGCUGCUCCCACAAUAAACACAUCUGCACCAACUACAACCACAGCAACACCAAUAACAUAUACAGCUGCGGCUUUAACAAGUACAGCUGUGGCUACAACAACCACAGCUACACCCACAACAACCACAGCUUCUUCCAUAACAACCACAGCGGCUCCCACAACAACAUCAGCCACUCCCACAACAACCACAGAUGCUCCCACAACAACAACAACACCUUCUCCCACAACAAUCACAGCUACUCCCACAUCAACAACAACAGCUGCUGCUACAACAACAAAAACUGUGGUAACAACAACCGUACCUCUGCCCACAGCAACCACAGCUGCUGCAACAACAAUCACAGAUUCACCCACAACAACCACAUCUGCUCCCAAAACUACAGCAGCUUCUACAACCACAACAACUUCCAUGACAACAAACACAGCUGGUCCAACAGCAACCACAGCAGCAGCAAUGACGUCUACUGCUGGGGAUACAACAACCAUAGCUUCCCCCAAAACAAGCACAGCUGCUGCUACGACAAAUACCGCUAGGCCAACAACAACCACAGCCAUCCCAACAACAACAGUUGCUCCCACUACAACCACAGCAACGCCAAUGACAUCUACAGCUGCAGCUACGACAAGUACAGCUGUGGCUACAACAACCACAGCUGAGCCCACAACAACCACAGAUGAUACAACCACAAUCCAAGCUGCUGCUACAACAACAGCUGCGAAACCACAGCCAAAACCCUGCCCACAACAACCACAGCUGCUCCCACAACAAACAUAG